AUUCCGCGAAAAAGCCCUCGCCGACUUCCAAGUUAAGUAGUUUGUUUGGAGACUAGUGGAGGACGAAAUAAAGUUGAAAAAGGAAGGCAUACGAGAAAGACAAUCGAGCAGCAAACUCAAUCACAAGAUAUUCUUUGACAAUUUUUCAAAACAACAUUCGGUUGACUUUUGAUUGACUUUUGGUGAAUUCACUGAAACGCGAAGGACGUUUCUGACCUACUGUUGAAAGCGGGACCUUGUACUGUCAGCUAGAAACACUUUGUGUAGGGAAUGUUUUAGGCAUGCAUACGUUGAAAUACGUUGAGCCUGAUUUUAACUGUCAAAAUGAAGAUAGAUUCUCGGGAUUGGCCCUUUUGUUGUUGGAGGUACAGAUCGUAUUCAUGGCAAGUUCCUGUUUGUGCUACGUCAUGAUAAUUUACAUUGCAUAUGAACUGAUAAUAGAAACAGUGAAAGUCAAAAGAAGUCCUGCAAAAAAGAAGGGAGGAACGGAGGAUUCAAUAUUGCACAACAAAGGCCUUAGAGAAUGCUAUUCAGCUCCAGAUCUAUGUACUAUGAAGUUGGAGGAGAAUUCCAAGCUUGAAACAAGCUUCACUACCAGUCCUCUGUUAAUUGCCUGGCCAAUUAUCUCAUCUAAAGGUGAUUGUGAAGGUGAAGGAAAGGAAGGGUCUACAAAUAAAGGGGAAGAUACCACUUCUUCUACCCCAGAGCAAAGAGUAGAACUUUGUUCCAAUGGUCAUACUAGACUAGCUGCAAAUGGAGCUGGAGAUGGUGGUGAUGAUGAUGAUGAUGAAAAUAAGGACAGAAAAAACAGGAAGAAACCUUUGCCUCCUAGUGACUUCAAGCUAGAAGAAAAAGAACCAAAAAAUGAUGAAAGUAGUAGCCAGGAAAGAAUGGAAGUUGAUGAAUUCCAGGGUUCCCAAGAUGAUCAUAUGGAAUAUAGUGACGGUGAAAAAUCAGAUUGGUCAAUGAGAUCAUUGGAACAAAAUGGAGAUGUGCCAUUAAAUUUGCAACCUCAGGCAACAAUUAUGUGGCAAAAUCAAGAGCUACAUAUCAUUAAGCUACUUGGUGAAGGAUCUUUUGGCACUUGUGUUCAAGUUGAAGAUAAAGCCAAUGGAAGGGUCCAUGCUUUAAAGCAGAUAAAGAAAGAGGUGUUUGAUAUUGAAGAAGUAAAAGUUCUGCAAAUUCUUCAAAGUUCACAACAUGUGAUUAGAUAUUUUGCUCUAAUCUCAGAUAUAAACAUGUUCUACUUACUGUUUGAGUUUGCCCAAGGAGGAACUCUUAAAGAAUUCCUUGGUGCUUUUAAGAAGAAUUCAUCAUUGCAUUGCAGUAGAGAAAUUGUGAAAUUUUUUUAUGACAUUAUGCAUGGUGUAGCUUAUUGCCAUCGCAAGAAUAUUAUUCAUGCUGACAUCAAGAGUGAAAACAUCCUAAUGGUUUCUCGAAAUGGUGGAGGCUAUCAGCCAGUGCUUGCGGAUUUUGGCUUGGCAAUCAAUGCCACAUCAUCAGAAUAUAAUCGAGGGGUAUUGAAGCCACGAGGAACAAUACGUUACAGAAGCCCGGAGAUGAUCAAGAACGGGACAGUCAACUCCUUUACUUCUGAUGUUUGGAGCUGUGGCUGCGUGCUUGUCGACAUGGAUACAGGGGACCCUCCUUGGAAGCAAGCAGAAUCGAUGGGCGAAGUUGCUUUCAUUUAUAUGAUUGGCACCGCAAAAAGCCCACCAAUACCCGAAAACGGGUCGCCAAAUCUCCUGUCACUCUAUGAAGCGACGUUGAACUUGGACCCGUUUCAGAGACUGACUGCGCUCCAGAUCCUUGAUAAGAUUACCACGUUUGAGCUACACUAGAAGACAGAAGACAAUUUUCAGAACUGAAAUUUUAAAUUCUUAAGAAGAUUCGCUCUGGUCGGUUAUUUUCCCGCAACCUCUACUAAUUAAGAUUCGUUGUAUUUAGCUUCUAAUUUCGUACUUUCCAAUGUGGUUUUUUGUCAACAAACAUCGAUUGGAAUGAAUAACUAUUCAAGGUGUCAUAUUAUAGAGUCUUAGAAAUUGGAGUACGUUUCGGUACUAAAUGAUAAGUUAUUUCGAAUCAAUCUCGUGGAACCUUGGACCCGUUCGCCGGCAACUUGAAAGAUGAUAGAAAUGACGUCUUCUGGUCAGCUGGAUUGCUUAAUUGUAAACAAACGUUGCCCUUCCAGUUAAAUAUUCACCCCUGGCCUCCUAUAUCUUUUUCUUGGAUACCGGUUUGCUACCAUUUUGCUAAGUAGGUAGUUACUGAACACUUAUUUUAAUAUACUGGAACAAAUGAAUGCGAGUGCCACGACCAGGUCAGGCAUGUAUUUUUCUCAUGAAAAUAUUUAUUUUUGGAAGGAAAUAAUAUGAUAUUUUCUAGCCCGUUGAUGUUGUCACAUAAAAAAUAACGAAUUUUUAAUUAAUUUGGAUAUUCAAAUUCUAUUACUACAUAUUAAAUUUGAUUGAAAAUUCAUAGAUGCCAAAGUAGUUAUUGUAAAGUAUUUCUUAAAGCAGUUAAUUGUAAUUCACGUGUUU